AUGCAUCAGUCUGCGCGCAAGACUGCCGCCGUCAGCGGGUUCAGACCACGAGAUGCGGACGCCGACAGGACGCUUCGUGCUGGCUUCGACGAUGGCCAUCUCUGGCAACGGGCGCGGCCGGUGAUCCAGCGAGAUGCUCGGGGACGACCUAGAGGGCUCGUAGGACAUGCAUCUUUACGGGUCCCAAGCGAUUUUAUGCCUUUAGCGGGCAGGACAGUACGAAGAGCUCAAUUGCUCGUUCAGCGCAUCGUGCGCAUGUCUCAAGCCGCAGCCGACCUUCCACCGGAAAGAGGACUGGUGACGAUGGUCAAGCAGAUCGAUCGCUUGUCGGACUUGCUCUGCGGCGUGAUAGAUCUGGCCGAAUUGGUGAGACACGUCCAUCCUGAUCCAGCAUGGGUCGAAGCUGCGAAUGAGACUUACGAGGCUCUGUGUACUUACAUGAACGAGCUCAACAUUGAUACGCGCCUUCAUGCAGCAAUGGUCCAAGUUCUGCGGCCAUUUCAAGAAGGCUCCACCGUGCCUCCCAACCUCUUCGCUGCACAUACUGUCGCGCUUCAAUUCGUGCGAGACUUCGAGAAAUCCGGCAUACACUUGCCCGACGAUCAGAGGACAUCAUUCGUUAAGCUCUCUGACGAUGUCAUGCAGCUCGGUCGAAAGUUCUUGCAAGGCUGUAGUGCCCAACAAGCCAGCGUAGAAGUGGAUGCACAGCUUCUCGACACACAGGCCAAGCCAGGCCGUCUUGCCGGUCUGUUAGCUCGCGUCAGUCAGCGCAGAGGCAGCAAAGUCUUGCUGGAGCCACACGAAGCCGAGUCUGUCUUGCGCACACAUCCCAACGCCGAGACGCGCAAGGCGGUCUAUCUGGCCACCCAGCGGAGCGAGCCAGAACAGGUCGACACUCUGGAGCAGCUACUCAAGACGAGACUCAAGCUCGCCAAUCUCGUCGGCAAGGGUUCUUGGGCAGAUGUUGCUCUAGUCGAUAAGAUGUCAAAGACGCCGGCUAGCGUCAACUCCUUCCUAGGCUCACUCAUCGACCAGAACAAGCCGCUCGCGCUACAAGAGACGGCCCGUCUGGCUCGAUACAAGCAGCAGGAAAAAGGCACUCGCACUUUGCCAACGAUCGCCCCUUGGGAUCGUGACUAUUACGUCGAACAAGAUCACAGUCAGGCCGAGCGAGGCAGACCGACAUCCAUGCGCGUGCUGUCACCCUACUUUUCUGCAGGAACGUGUAUACAAGGACUGAGCCGGAUGUUCUCCUCGCUCUAUGGCCUCAGCUUCGAGCUCGAAGAGACGCACGAGGGCGAAGUCUGGGAUCCAGCCGUCAGGAAAGCUCGCGUGCUUCACGACACGGACGGUCAGGUGGGCGUGAUCUACUUUGAUCUCUUUGAGAGACAAGGCAAGGCUGAAGGGGCUGCACACUACACGAUCCAAUGCUCAAGACGGGUAGAUGAUGAUGAUGCAGCAGACGACUUUGGCGCGGCCCAGCGACAAUCGAGCGAGAUCAUGUACGAAGGCAUGCAAGUCAGCCGAGGCGAAUUUGAAGGACUGCCGGAGGAUACGCUACAAAUAGACAGUCGUGGGAAGCGCUACCAGUUGCCUGUUAUCGCUUUGACGUGCAGCUUCGACCUGCCUUCGUUAUCUACGCCAAGCUUAUUAGUCUGGUCAGAGGUGACGACACUGUUUCACGAGAUGGGUCACGCGCUACACUCAAUGAUAGGCAGGACAGAAUUUCAUCAAGUCUCUGGCACAAGAUGCGCGACAGAUUUUGUCGAGCUGCCUUCGGUCCUCAUGGAACACUUUGCAUCCUCCCGCGAAGUGCUCGGCUUGUUUGCCCGUCACUACGCUACAGAUCGGCCUCUACCAAUAGAGAUCCUGCGGCAGCUCCAAGCUGCAAUGGGAGGCUUUCGACACAUCGAGACGAAUGCUCAAAUCAACAUGGCCGCGCUCGACCAACUCUUCCACUCUGCCGCGCCGGGCGAGCAUUCCUUCGAUUCGUCGCAAGCUUGGCAAGACGUGCAACACACGCACAGCGUCAUGCCUUCUAGCGAGCGCACGUCUUGGCAAGCUCAGUUUGGUCAUCUAUACGGCUACGGCUCGACAUACUACUCGUAUCUCUUUGACACUGUUCUCGCCGACCGGGUAUGGAAGACGCUCUUUGCGGACGAUGCGCUAUCGCGCGAAAAUGGAGAACGAUACGCUGCGUCGGUCCUGCAGCACGGCGGCGGUAAAGAUCCAUGGGCAUGCGUAAGUGAUGCGCUCAGUGAGUCAGACAUGGCGCAGGGCGGGCCACUUGCGAUGCAGCGAGUAGGUCAAUGGGGCCUCUCGGAGUCUAGUAUCAGCUAG